GAGCGGGAAGCCGAGAAAAGGCGCUUCUUUUUCCCUCCCGCCUUUCCUGAGGAGAAGUGAGGCGGAGCCUGAGGGCCCGUCCACACAGCUGUAUAACCCAGAAUAUCAAGGCCGAAAAUGCCAUGAUACCAUAUCUGCUUUGCACUGGGUUAUCUGUGCCCACACUGCCAUAGAAUCCAGUUCAAAGCAGAUAGUGUAGGAUUUUGUUCAGCUGUGUGGAAGGGGCCCAGUUCAAAGCAGAUAUUGUGGGAUUUUCUGCCUUGAUAUUCUGGAUUAUAUGGCAGUGCGGACUCAAGGCCCUUCCACAAAGGUGUUCAUUCUGGCCUGUCCCCUGUUGAAAGAAAACUGGUUCAUAAUACUACUGUUGGAGAUAGUUUAUCCAAAUCGUAUCCCCUUCCAGUGAAUAAUGAGCUUUUUCCGGCUCUUUGGGCGAUUGAAAUCGGUUGUGAUUGGGAUGGUUCAUGUGAAAGCCCUGCCAGGAACUCCUGGGAGUGCGUUGCCAUUGUCCCAAAUCACUGAAGAAGCUUGUCGAGAUGCUGAGAUUUAUAGGUCUGCAGGAAUUGACGGUUUAAUUGUAGAAAAUAUGCACGACCGGCCAUAUGCAGUCCGCGUUGGUGCAGAAAUUACUGCAGCCAUGGCUGUCAUUUGUGCCACCGUGAAACAGACAGUCCCUCUUCUCCCAGUUGGCGUGCAGAUUCUGUGUGCUGCAAAUCAGCAGGCUGUGGCAGUCGCUCUUGCGGCAGAUCUCGACUUUAUUAGAGCUGAAGGCUUUGUUUUUUCUCAUGUGGCGGAUGAAGGGAUUCUGAAUGCUUGUGCUGGUGACUUAUUGAGAUACCGGAAGCAAAUUGGCGCAGAACAUGUCCAGGUUUUUGCUGACAUUAAAAAGAAACACAG